AUGUCUGAUGGAGACUACGAUUACCUCAUCAAAUUCCUAGCACUCGGUGACUCGGGAGUAGGAAAGACCAGCAUCCUUUACCAGUACACAGAUGGCAAAUUUAAUUCCAGAUUUAUCACAACAGUGGGGAUUGACUUUCGGGAAAAGAGAGUGGUGUAUAGAUCCAAUGGGCCAGAUGGCAUUAGCGGCAGAGGACAGAGGAUACAUCUGCAACUGUGGGACACUGCAGGACAGGAAAGGUUUCGUAGCUUGACAACAGCUUUCUUCAGAGAUGCUAUGGGCUUUCUUCUCCUCUUCGAUCUGACAAAUGAGCAAAGCUUUCUCAAUGUCAGAAACUGGAUAAGCCAGCUACAAAUGCAUGCGUAUUGUGAAAACCCUGAUAUUGUAUUAUGUGGAAACAAAAGUGAUAUGGAAGACCAGAGAAUGGUGAAAGAAGAGGAGGCAAAGGAACUUGCAGAAAAAUAUGGGAUACCAUAUUUUGAAACAAGUGCAGCUAAUGGAACUAAUGUGAGCAAGGCAAUUGAAACUCUGCUUGACCUUAUCAUGAAGCGCAUGGAACGGUGCGUGGACAAGUCAUGGAUACCCGAGGGGGUAGUACGGUCCAAUGGACACAGCUCUACUGAGCAGCUACAUGAGGAGAAAGAUAAAGGCAAAUGUGGUUGUUGA